UGGCCUGGCUGGGACUAGAGGGUCAACUCAAAAGGCCACCUAUCAAUAUGCCACAUGCAGGGCAGACACUUGCACACAUGUGCGCCUUCCCCCAGGGGCUGAAGCCAAGCCAAGCACCCCGCAUCCAUCCGCGGAUGAAUAGCUGUUCUGUCUUGCAGCAGCGCUGUCUCCCACCUCAGAAGAGCUGUAAGCCCAGACUGCCCAGCUGCAAAGCCCACGCAAACUACAGCCUCUCGGAGGGCGGCAAGGGGUCCCAGGGCAGCAAGAUGGAGUCAGACCGGGAAAUCAUGCACCUUCAACACAGGCACUCCAUACCUGGAGGGAACCAGCGCAUCAACCUGAACCAUUAUGCCACCAAGAAGAGCGUGGCAGAGAGCAUGCUGGACGUGGCGCUAUUUAUGUCCAAUGCCACGCGGCUGAAAUCAGUGCUGGAGCAAGGGCCGUUCUCGCAGUACUACGCCACCCUCCUCGCCCUCAUCAGUGUCUCUCUGCUCCUGCAAGUGGUCAUUGGCAUCCUUCUUGUGGUCAUUGCCAGGCUGAACCUGAAUGAGGUAGGAAACCAGUGGCGUUUGAACCAGCUCAACAACGCUGCCACCACCUUGGUCUUCAUAACUGUGGUCAUCAACAUUUUUAUCACUGCCUUCGGGACACACAAGACAGGCACCAUGGCUGCCAGGACUUCCAGCAAUCCUAUUUGAUGCCAACCUAGGUCCCGGGAGCUGGGUCUAGAGCCACUUCAGCUGUCGUCCCUGACCUGUCAGGCUAACUAGCAUGUCCCACAGCAUCCUGGAGCGCUUCAAAGGCAAUGAAGAUGCCCCCGCCUCUUGCCCACCGCACCGGUUUAAGGCGUGCCCCCUUACUGGGUGACGUCAUUGCAUCUUGAUCUGGAGGCCUGAAUUUGCCGCAGCAGUAUGGCGUUCUGCUAAGGCAGCACCUGCACAGCCUGCACACUCUGGUUGCACUGUAUUCCUUCCCUCUGUCCCAGGCCUCAAUGUUCCCCUUCUGCAAAAUGGAAUCUCUCUCUAAAGAUAGCUGAUAAUCCACCAA